UUGCUACUUCUGGAUAAGGUUCCGGAGUAUUGCAGACACUCAGUUCUUUCAGCUGGAACAAUUUGGAACAUUUGCCCUUUUAACGAAGACCCCGGGCAACCUAAAUGAGGAGUUCAGUUGGAAAACUAGUUAAGAUCAUAGUAAAAUUGACUAUCACUUAAUCGGAGGGGGUAAAUAGAUGUUUUAAAAAAGCUGAGUGUUUCCAGCAUUUUCUGGUCUUAUUGCAAAGUUCACGUCUCCAGUUUCUAACAUAUCUUCAGGCUGUGCGGUGGCGUCGUCAGUGGGGAAGGGGAUUAGUUGCGAGCUUGGGAUUUAUCUCCCUCUCGCUGGCGCGUUGCUGCUGUACGCUGUCGGAUGCUGCUGAGCUCGGACGCUGCGACGAGGCGAGUGUUCUCCGGCCGUGUGCGGUCUCUCUGCCUCACACACACUCAAUCAGAGGCAGCUCCCGGUUCGUGUCACUAACCAGAACUGAGCUGCGAGCCAACGGACCGGGGACACUGCCCGGCCCCCGCUCCGAGAGAGACCAGCGCCGGUCCGGGUGUGUUUAAAUCUGCCGACUCCGACCGAAUGUGUUGUGUUUGGCGCAUUACGGAGGGGACAGGCGCCGGCAAAGGCUGGGGUUGUUCCAGUAGGUGUUCAGUACUGUAACCUGGCAUGGAAUGGGGCGGCAGCCGCCGAGUGCUGGAUCCCAAAAAGCGGUGUCACUUGAUUUAGAGAGGACGGGAGAGUGAAGGGGACUGGAGUCACCAUGUACUGCGACUCGGCCGUGUCACUGAGGGACAGGAAGGCUGCACUCUGGCUCCUGCUCGACAUCUUCAUCGUGACCUCGCACAGUUCUCAACAAGUCCUCAGGAUCGGAGGCAUUUUUGAAACUACUGAAAAUGAGCCAAUCAGUAUUGAAGAGAUGGCCUUCAAGUUUGCAAUCACCAGCAUAAACAGAAAUAGGACACUGAUGCCUAAUACUACGCUCACCUACGAUAUACAGAGGAUUAAUCUUUACGACAGCUUCGAAGCUUCCAGGCGGGCUUGUGACCAGCUUACUCUUGGAGUAGCAGCUGUGUUUGGACCUUCACACAGUUCUUCAAUAAGUGCAGUUCAGUCUAUCUCUAAUGCAAUGGAAGUUCCACACAUCCAGACCCGCUGGAAACAUCCCAUCCUAGAUCAGAAGGACUCAUUCUUCAUCAACCUUUAUCCAGAAUAUACAUCAAUUAGUAGAGCUAUCCUGGAUCUGGUGCAGUAUUACAAAUGGAAGACAAUUACCAUUGUUUAUGAAGAUAGCACAGGUCUUAUUCGUUUACAAGAAUUAAUGAAAGCUCCCUCCAGAUACAACAUUAAAGUAAAAAUUCGCCAGUUGCCAUUCGGUAACAGAGAUGCCAAGCCUCUUCUGAAACAGAUGAAAAGGGGAAAAGAGUUCUACGUAAUAUUUGACUGCACAUAUUCAACUGCAGCCCAAAUAUUGAAACAGAUCCUUUCGAUGGGAAUGAUGACUGAAUAUUACCAUUACUUCUUUACCACACUGGAUCUCUUUGCAUUGAAUCUAGAACCUUAUCGAUAUAGUGGUGUCAAUAUGACAGGGUUUCGCCUCCUAAAGAUCGACAACCCACAUGUUGCCUACAUUAUCGAGAAGUGGUCAAUGGAACGACUUCAAGCGCCACCCAAACCUGAUUCUGGACUCCUGGAUGGGAUGAUAACAACAGAUGCAGCCCUGAUGUAUGAUGCCGUGUACGUGGUUUCUGCAGCCUUCCGACAAGCCUCUCAAAUGACGGUUAGCUCCUUGCAGUGUCACAGGCACAAGCCCUGGCGCUUCGGAUCCAGGUUUAUGAAAGUUAUCAAAGAGACUCAGUGGGAUGGCCUGACCGGUCGAAUUGCCUUCAAUAAAACUGACGGAAUGCGGAAAGAUUUUGAUUUGGAUAUUAUAAGUCUAAAGGAGGAAGGCCUAGAACAGAUUGGAUUCUGGAACUCAAACACAGGACUUAACAUGACAACCAGCCUAAAGGACAAGCCCUCCAAUAUCACUGACUCGUUGGCCAAUAGGACUCUCAUAGUUACAACUAUUUUGGAGGAUCCGUAUGUAAUGCACAAGAAAUCUGACAAGCCCCUUUAUGGGAAUGAUCGUUUUGAAGGUUAUUGCCUGGAUUUAGUAAAAGAAUUAUCAAGCAUUCUGGGCUUCACUUAUGAAGUUAGACUGGUAGUUGAUGGAAAGUACGGGGCUCAGAAUGAAAAGAGCGAGUGGAAUGGAAUGGUUGGUGAACUCAUCAACCAUAAAGCAGAUUUGGCAAUUGCCCCUCUCACUAUUACCUAUGUACGGGAGAAAGUUAUAGAUUUCUCUAAACCUUUCAUGACCCUGGGCAUUAGUAUCCUCUACCGUAAACCCAAUGGCACGAACCCGGGCGUUUUCUCCUUCCUGAAUCCGUUAUCCCCUGAUAUUUGGAUGUAUGUGUUGCUGGCAUGCCUUGGGGUCAGUUGUGUACUCUUCGUUAUUGCCAGGUUUACACCAUACGAAUGGUACAAUCCCCAUCCUUGCAAUCCUGAGUCGGAUGUAGUGGAAAACAAUUUUACUUUACUAAAUAGUUUCUGGUUUGGAGUUGGAGCGCUCAUGCAGCAAGGAUCAGAAUUGAUGCCCAAAGCUCUCUCCACUAGAAUAGUGGGUGGAAUCUGGUGGUUUUUUACAUUAAUCAUAAUCUCUUCGUACACUGCCAACCUGGCUGCCUUUCUGACUGUAGAAAGAAUGGAUUCUCCCAUAGACUCUGCCGAUGACUUAGCCAAGCAAACCAAAAUAGAAUAUGGUGCUGUCAGAGAUGGAUCCACAAUGACUUUUUUUAAGAAAUCAAAAAUCUCAACCUAUGAGAAAAUGUGGGCGUUCAUGAACAGUCGAAAGCAAACUGCUUUCCUGAAGAAAAAUGAGGAGGGAAUUCAACGUGUUCUCACCACUGACUAUGCCCUUCUGAUGGAGUCAACCAGUAUUGAAUAUGUCACCCAGCGAAACUGCAACCUGACGCAAAUUGGAGGGCUCAUUGACUCCAAAGGAUAUGGCGUUGGAACACCUAUAGGAUCUCCGUAUAGAGAUAAAGUCACAAUAGCUAUCCUACAGCUUCAGGAGGAAGGAAAACUACACAUGAUGAAAGAGAAAUGGUGGCGUGGCAAUGAGUGCCCGGAAGAGGACAACAAAGAAGCAAGCGCCCUUGGUGUUGAAAACAUAGGAGGAAUAUUUAUUGUGCUUGCUGCGGGACUAGUGCUCUCAGUCUUUGUAGCUAUCGGUGAAUUUGUAUACAAAUCCAGAAGAAACAGUGACGUUGAACAGUGCUUUACAUUCAGCACAGUGAUCGAGGAGCUCCGUAUUUCACUUCGCUGCCACAAAAAGCUGAACAAAACUUCCAGAACCAGGAGAAAAUAUGCAUUGUCAAGCAUCCUCAUGUGUCAUCAAAGGCGGAUUGUGCGAAAAGAGACAAUAACAUGAAGUCGACAACUGCACUCAGCAGCAAAGACUUCUUGAUGCCGUCUCCAAUUCUGCUUUUACCUCAUGGAAAAGAUGCCGGAUUCUUGAGACUCUUGACACCAAACAUAACGUUGGAAUUUAAAGACUCGUGGAGCUGAUUCUUUUUCUAAAUAAUCAAACUAUGGUGAAAGAUUUUGUGAUCAAUUGUUUCCUUAUCCAUUUGCAGAGUUGGGGAAUUAAUUGAUUGCCUUUGUAUUAACUGAUAUCAAGGUCAAUGCAGUUGAAAUAGUUUUGUGCAAGUAUCUUUGUAGCACGAGAAUCUGCUAAAGAAUAGUCAUUUUCUCUUGGUGCUUAUUGUUCAACUAAACACAUUUAUUAAAGUCUAAGUGAUGAAACAUCUUAAAAGAUCAAA